UCUAAGACUGAGCCCAAAACGACGACGACACGACGCCCUUUUACUUGCAAGUCGCCGUCGUUGUCGCCCACUUCCCAAGCGUUAGUUUCACGACAAUAUUUUUAUAAUUCCAUCUACAUGCGGCCGUAGUUACUGUGGUGUGAGCGAUUCUCCGAUCUCCAGCGAGUUUCGAUGUUUAUUUUUUUCUCGUUGUGGAUUCUUCUCUUUGUUCGUCGUCUUUGUCUUGCUGAUGAGUUUUUGUGGUACAGCAACUUCGUCGCGUUCAUCGUAGCCCUGCUGCUAAUGUGCUUUCCAUAUGUGUCGAUCAGUGCACGUUGUCUCGGCCGUCUGUCUCGACAAACUCAGUCUGACGUUCGAAUCGAAAGGAAGGGUGCGGAUUAGAGCGUAAACAAGAUCUUGAUUCGCUCGUAACCGUCGUUGCUGUCAUCGUGUUUGUUAUGCCUAUUGAACAAAUGGAUCUAGAAGGAGACAACAUUUAAACCAUCAGCAUUUGAAAUCUACGACGGUACCGUCCAAGGACGCAAAGAGGAUCAACGUCGUUUUGAGAUUCCAUUGGCACUGGAUUCUGCAUAUUAUGGUCGUUGGGAUUGGCGCCCCUCCGAUUGGAAUGUCCCCGCAUCUUCCUGACCACGCAAUGGAAAAUCGCAGUAGCUGCCCGUCCGGCCUUGUCGCAGAAUGUAACACGUCUAAGAUGUCGUCUGGAGUCACCGUAUCAUCGGCGCCCUCCACCGAAAAUAGCAGCUCAGGUCUCGCUGGUGUCGGAGUAAGUAGCGGGAUACUCCUGGAUGCUGAAGACCGUUCCAGUACGUCGCCCAGUUUACCAUCUCUGUUUGGACUUUCAUUGAGAAUCCGAUCAGCUUCAUUGCCGUCCCUCAUCGAACUCUGCAUUACCUGUUUUGACGACGACGGUGGUGUACUGGAAUCUGCCGCUAACUAUCCCAACAUCUUCUUCUUGAUGCACAAGUGGUUCACCACAUCCGAAUCCCUGGCCAACGACUUAUGGCGCUUAUUUGAAUCAGGAAAGCCGUCUUAUCAUGCGGACUAUCAGAGUCUCCUCGCCAUAGUUCAACAGAGUACCAGAACGGACGCGAACGGGAGCCAGGAAACUGGCCCGUCUUCUCGUCCGUCGAGCGUUAUACUGUCGCGAAAACAGGAUGAUUACAAUGGGAAUUUAGGACUGAGAAGUCCGUCUCUGAUGCGGGCAGCCAACGGCCGUUCUAAUUCAGUCCUUAUCCCGCGGCCGGCGUGCAUUGGCGCCGAUGACGAUAACUAUUUCAGCUAUCAUUAUAGCAAGCUAAGUGCCAUGGCAGCCGACAGCGUCGACAUGUCCAACCAAUUAGGUGAAAAAUCCAGUACGUCGGAGAAAAGUCAAAUGGACAUCACGCGGGCGAGUGAUCAGUGUCCAGCACUCGGCCAGUGCAAGCACGACCAUCUGGCGUCGUGUCAGAUCUACAAAUUCCGACGCUCCGUCUGCUAUGCCGUCCGCUUCUGGAUUCGACAAUUCCCCGUUCAUUUUGACUUGGACGCCAAGCUGUCGGCUCUCAUCAAAGAUUGGCAGCGUUGGCUAGCCGUCGACGAUCGGUCCGGCUACCAAGAACUGGCUUCGCUCAUCGAUCUCGGUUGUCUACCAUCCUACGACUGGAUUCGCAACAUCUCGGUCCGCGAUCCCAGCGUCAAACAUUGCCGCAAAGUCUCCCUCGUCUUCAACCACUUGGAGCCUUCUGAACUGGCCAAACACUUAACCUACUUGGAGCAUCGCAUCAUGAGGCGAAUUAGUUUUCAGGAUUACAAGCAGUACGCCGUUACGGGUUCACUAAGCGAUAACCCUCGUUUAGAACGGUCGGUCAACUUGUUCAAUGGCCUCACUCAAUGGGUUCAGUGUAUGGUCUUAAGUCGGAGCACACCUCAGCAACGAGCCGAAGUCGUUGUUAAACUCAUUGACGUCACCAAGAAACUGAAGGAGCUUCGAAACUUCAACUCGCUGAUGGCUGUCGUUGGCGGACUGAGUCAUAGCUCCUUGGCUCGUUUAAGUCGGACAUCGUCGCGCGUUCCAGCCGACUCGCAACGAUCGCUCGCCGAACUGACCGAAUUUCUGUCCUCUUCUUCCAAUUUCUCCAAUUACCGGCGAGCACUUCAAGAAUGCAAAGGCUUCAAGAUUCCCAUUUUAGGCGUGCAUAUGAAGGACCUCAUCUCUCUCCAUGUUGCCCUUUCGGAUUCACUGGAAGGCGGCCUCAUAAACUUUCGUAAAAUGGCGCAACUAUCGCUCAUUUUUCAAGAGCUCCAGGAAUUACAGAAUGCUACGCCACCUACGGGAGCUAAUAUAGAUCUCGUCAAUACCUUAAGGGUUUCUCUGGAAUUAGCCUAUACCGAGGAUGAAAUUUAUGAACUGUCAUUGGCAAGGGAGCCUAGAGAUUCAUUGUCCCCUCAGUCUUCUCCUACCCGACCAUCGCUCCUGAGCGACUGGCCUACCACAGGACAAGCAAAUCAAACGCAAACAUCUCUAACACCCAACACGGCCGUCAGUCUGGUUCCACACGACACAUCCCGUUCAUCGUCCAUCUCUUCACCGCAUACGAUUUCGUUGUCACUGUCGUUACCAGCUGAGCCGUUGCCGCAACGGUUGAAUUCAACUAGUAGCGAUAACGAACAGGACGCCUUGGGUGGCGGUUUGGGCGCUGCGGAACGGAAAAAAACGCUCGAAGAACGAAUGAACGACAUGGUCGACGCAGUUUUCGGCCAACCCAAACAUGAGCUGCUCAAACUCAUCCAGCGUUCCCCUCCAUCUGGGAAUCCGAUCGCGUCUUGCGUGGGAACAACUGAUGAACCGCCCCAGCCGCAACAACAGCAGCCGAAUGGGAUGACGGACGAUGACCGCCAAUCCCGACACGAUUUUCAAGAAACGAAUUCCUUCAGACCGUGUACUUGUGCUCAUUGUAACGGAUUGUUAUGGGGACCAUUACGCCAAGGAUACAAAUGUCGCGAAUGCGGCCUCACUGCACACAAGAUGUGCAAGGACGUUAUGAAUGUUACGUGCCGACCUAAAAGCCUCAUCACAAGUCCUUUCACAGAUGCAUUUCAAAGUGGUUCGGGGAGAACUCGGUUCAGGCGCCGGAAGAAGUUGAACAGCCAUUCGGACGUAGACAGCUUGGAAAGCGGAUUGUUAGCCAUGGAUUGCUCCUGUGAUCUAAGUUGCCAAUCACCGUGUAGUCGUCGAUCCAGCAUGAGUAUGCUUCAUCAUCAGCAAGGAUCUUGUGAUACGUCGGAGUUCGGUCAUCAGGGGGACAAGUCAGUGCUCAGCGGAGCGCUGGCGACCGCUGGAGCUGGUGGUGAAUCAAGCCCGGCACUUACUUCCCGCAGUCAAUUGUUCCGCAGCCCGAAGCGACGCAGUUUGAUAGCGACAAAUAAUCCAGCUGCAGCGGCCAUGGCAGCAGCGACAAGUCCAAUGCCAAUCCGCCAACGCAAAUCAUCGCUCUCCUUCACAAGCCCUUGCCGAAGCUUUCCAGGAACCAAUCCUUCUGUUGAAGUUCAGCCAUCACUGACGUUGCGCUCUUCGUUAUCUGCGUCCCCGCGGAGGAAGAUAAGCGAUACGCUGCAUUUCCUUGGAUCUCCUUCUUCGUCGUCGCCCACGUCCUCGUCUUGCCCGUGUCACGGGCAUCACUUAUGAUAGAAGUAGGUGAUUUAUAAAACAGUGGGUAUAGAAAUGAAAAAGGAAAAAAAACCAAAACAAGAAAACAAGAGGCAUAAGUUGAAAAGCAGGGAAAUUGAAAUUACUCCGCCAAGGAGCGCACGUGUUGCGCCGAGCACUUUACCGGAAUCAAUAGAAAUGACGUGACGUAAUUGAUGCAUCCUCUCUCCUACGCUACUUGUAUGGGUUGUCUGCAGUGAUGACUGUUUGUCUUCAUAUCCAACUGAUCUGACAUUUCCUUAUUCUCUGCCCGAAUGAAUAUCAACAAUGUUGUUCCUGUUGCGUAUAUUCUGAAUUGUUGUUCGUUUUCCCCUUGUUCAUACCGCGGAAGCCUAAAGAAUCCCACAUAUAUUCUAGAAGAAUGUCUUCUACUAAUGGCAAAAUUGUCACGAUGGUUGUGAUGCAUGUUAUGCCAUGAUGCGUCCUACGUUGUGACGCGUCGCUUUGAAUGCAAUUAAGAUUUCCUGAUAAUUUGUGCUAUCUUUUUGCGGCAGUUCAAACGGCAAUGCGAUCUGUUGGAACUCGUCGUUGAAACUCUUUCCUGUACACACAAACACGCCAUUUUUUUUAACGAAACAGCCAUUCGCGCUAGCCAAGCGAUUUUUGUCCGCUACACCUUACACCAAAUAAUGCUUAGUCUUUCUGUGAAAAACAUAUUCACCUCCCCUCGUCUCCCAGAAAAAAUUGUUUUUGAGUUAUAGAUGAUCCCGUCACUCGAAGCCAGCAGUCAUCUUUCGUUCAUAUUUCAACCUUUACCCAUAGCUUUCUUUGGUUUUGUCCAGUAGUAGUUAGUACAGCUUAGCAUCACACAUAACCCACACAAGCAAACGUAUUUCUAGAUUCCCAGGUUCACGAAAACCUGAUACAAACACAAAGAUAUCAAGAUGGUAAACAAAAAAGAUGACGAAACAAAGUCGAGAGGCAAAUUAAGCCGAAAAUUAGAGAUUCUCUAUUGACCGUUAUACUUUAUAUCAUCCCAAAUGAGACUAUCAUCAUAUCUACCGCUUCGUUAGAAAAAUACUAUUCUGUACGAUAGGUGCCUUUCACUGACUUUAGAUCCGAGUUACGAGACUACAUUUUGAACCCAUUCACAAGGCAGCAGGCCAACAGCGAUUGGGCUCCCGAACCAAAUCGUUUUUUUUUUUGUCAUUUCAAAUGAAUUAUCUACGUAUCUAAACAACACAACACACGCAUAAAAGAAAAAGAAAAAACAAACAAAAAAAAACAAAAAACAAACGCGAACAAUGAUAUGUAUGUCACAAUGCUUUGGGUAUGUUCAGUGCAUUAAUUAUGUUGAAACCAUAUCUGUAUGGACAUGCCGUUGCUACCGUGAACGAUCAGUCACCGUGCCCAUAUCCUCGUCGUCGUGUACGAAACGAUUUCCGUGCAAUUUGUCCAAAUCGUGUAAAUGUUGUGAAUCGUGUAGCUACACACAAUUGUUAGUGAAUGCAUUCCGCGGCUACCCCCCUCUCUCUCUAUGAUUCCUUGACAAUGAAACAAGAAAACAAAAACAAAUCAAUACUACUACCUUUCACCUUUUCUACGGGUAUAUUACAUUACAUAUAGUUGACGAUAUAUACACAUAUAUAUAUAUAUAUAUAUAUAACAUAUAUGCAGAAUUUUACAUGAUACCAAAGAAUGUGUUUCGUUUCGUUAAACUACAUUUUAUGAUUGGGCUUGAUUGUUUGUUGUUAAUUAACAACCAAUCCAAAUGAUUUUCAUGCUCUGUGUAACGCCGAUCACUAGUUCCAUGUCAGAUCGAUCAUUUUCAUUUUAUUUUUUUUUUUUCUGUCUC